AUGCCGGAUCACGUGGAAGUGAUGGAGAUUGAUGAACUUCCAUCAACAUCACUGACAAAAGUGCGUGAAUUCUUUGCCCAAGAUGACUGUGACAUUUGCAAUUCACCGGCUGCCACUCUUCACUACGGAGCAAUGACGUGUGGAAGUUGUAAAGUGUUCUUCUUGCGAACAUCGAUGGCGAAGAGAGUUUUUUUGUGCGACAAAGGGGGACGAUGUGAAUAUCCUCGCGAUCGAUGUCGAGCCUGUCGUUUCCAGAAGUGCCUCAAAAUGGGAAUGAAUCCGGAAGCGGUCGGUCGCCGGAAACAAUUGAUAGCAAGUGCAAAGGAAAACGAAGAAGAUCAAUUGCCCGAUCUCUCCAUUGUACCAUAUUUUACGGAGAAAUCGGCAGCUCGAUCAAGAAGUUACCACCUUGAAGCGAAGAAAUUCGACAAUCCAACAAAAAUCGUCAGUCAUUUAUUGGGGAUCGAGAGGUUUUGUGAUAAUGAGGACACUGGUAAAUACUCAUCAUACGAAAAUUUCGACUUCACAUUGGAUGUCGAUUUAUCGGAAGCGUUGCAAUUUCCGGGGAAAAUUUGUCGCCGAACACCGAUUGGUUUCUCUAGUGGUCUCCAAAUUUGUGCCAAAGAUCCGAGUUCCCUUUUUCGUCAACUCUAUUGUCGUCUAACGCUUCACAUGUUGGAUUGGGUGGUUUCUUUGGAUGAAAUUUGGAUGAUGAGCGAAAAAGAUCGAGUCCGAUUGAUCUCUCGACAGGCGGCCAACUGUGUGGUGCUCACGAUGGCCUACAACACAUAUCGUUUCGAUGCUUCGGGCGUUCUUUUUUGUCAUGGAUUUCAGCUGGAGAAAACCCUCGGCGAUUCCCCCGAGUUCGUCUUUAUAACGGCAGAUUUGAAAAGGGCAAUUAUUGCCAACGAUUUCUCGACGGUGAUGGUCGAUUUCGCGCACUCGCAAUUGCUCAGCGUUUUCCGGGAGAUUCAUUUGAGUCCCGAAGAGUAUGUUUUGCUGAAAUGUAUCAGCUUUUUCACUACAGUAGGACAUCUAUCGGAUGAGGCGACGGAGAUCGUGCGAAACGCGAGGAGACGAUACGAAUAUUUGUUGGCAAAGCACAUCGAAGAGGAGCGGCCGAAUUUCUCUCCGACGGCUCGCGCGAUACGGGUGAUGAAGAUUUUGGGGUUGCUACCGAAAAUAAUGAAAAUGGCCAUUUUCGACGAUCAAUAUUUGGCCAAAAUGGCCGCCUUGGAUUUGCAGGGAAUGCGCGGGAGAAUCACAAGGGAUUUUCAUUUAUCUGAC